AUGUCAACGAAAGAUCUACUCCAGGCGCUGUCUUCUGUAACUCAGAGCUAUAAGGAUGAGAUGAACGAAUACGAAGCAACUCGUAAGAGGCUCCGCCGAUCGGAGUGUAAGGUUAGAGACCUUACUGUGGAAAUUAAUUAUAUGGCUGAUCUUAUUGAGCAGUUAAGGGCAGAGAGCAGCCAGAUGGAAUACGUCAACUCCCCCGUAUACGGUCAAGUGAACCCACCAGAGUACAGCCCAAUCACACCUACCAGCCCGGAGAGCAGUUUGGAGCGGACUAAGAAGUAUUUCUCAAGAAUAGGACUAAAGAAGUCAGUGUUAAAAAGUCAGAAGCAACAGCCCCGAACCAUUCCGUCCACUAGAAGAAUAGGACUAAAGAAGUCAGUGUUAAGAAGUCAGAAGCAACAGCCCCGAACCAUUCCGUCCACUAGAACAAUAGGACUAAAGAAGUCAGUGUUAAGAAGUCAGAAGCAACAGCCCCGAACCAUUCCGUCCACUAGAAGAAUAGGACUAAAGAAGUCAGUGUUAAGAAGUCAGAAGCAACAGCCCCGAACCAUUCCGUCCACUAGAACAAUAGGGCUAAAGAAGUCAGUGUUAAGAAGUCAGAAGCAACAGCCCCGAACCAUUCCGUCCACUAGAAGAAUAGGACUAAAGAAGUCAGUGUUAAGAAGUCAGAAGCAACAGCCCCGAACCAUUCCGUCCACUAGAAGAAUAGGACUAAAGAAGUCAGUGUUAAGAAGUCAGAAGCAACAGCCCCGAACCAUUCCGUCCACUAGAAGAAUAGGACUAAAGAAGUCAGUGUUAAGAAGUCAGAAGCAACAGCCCCGAACCAUUCCGUCCACUAGAAGAAUAGGACUAAAGAAGUCAGUGUUAAGAAGUCAGAAGCAACAGCCCCGAACCAUUCCGUCCACUAGAAGAAUAGGACUAAAGAAGUCAGUGUUAAGAAGUCAGAAGCAACAGCCCCGAACCAUUCCGUCCACUAGAAGAAUAGGACUAAAGAAGUCAGUGUUAAGAAGUCAGAAGCAACAGCCCCGAACCAUUCCGUCCACUAGAAGAAUAGGACUAAAGAAGUCAGUGUUAAGAAGUCAGAAGCAACAGCCCCGAACCAUUCCGUCCACUAGAACAAUAGGACUAAAGAAGUCAGUGUUAAGAAGUCAGAAGCAACAGCCCCGAACCAUUCCGUCCACUAGAAGAAUAGGACUAAAGAAGUCAGUGUUAAGAAGUCAGAAGCAACAGCCCCGAACCAUUCCGUCCACUAGAAGAAUAGGACUAAAGAAGUCAGUGUUAAGAAGUCAGAAGCAACAGCCCCGAACCAUUCCGUCCACUAGAAGAAUAGGACUAAAGAAGUCAGUGUUAAGAAGUCAGAAGCAACAGCCCCGAACCAUUCCGUCCACUAGAAGAAUAGGACUAAAGAAGUCAGUGUUAAGAAGUCAGAAGCAACAGCCCCGAACCAUUCCGUCCACUAGAAGAAUAGGACUAAAGAAGUCAGUGUUAAGAAGUCAGAAGCAACAGCCCCGAACCAUUCCGUCCACUAGAAGAAUAGGACUAAAGAAGUCAGUGUUAAGAAGUCAGAAGCAACAGCCCCGAACCAUUCCGUCCACUAGAAGAAUAGGACUAAAGAAGUCAGUGUUAAGAAGUCAGAAGCAACAGCCCCGAACCAUUCCGUCCACUAGAAGAAUAGGACUAAAGAAGUCAGUGUUAAGAAGUCAGAAGCAACAGCCCCGAACCAUUCCGUCCACUAGAAGAAUAGGACUAAAGAAGUCAGUGUUAAGAAGUCAGAAGCAACAGCCCCGAACCAUUCCGUCCACUAGAAGAAUAGGACUAAAGAAGUCAGUGUUAAGAAGUCAGAAGCAACAGCCCCGAACCAUUCCGUCCACUAGAAGAAUAGGACUAAAGAAGUCAGUGUUAAGAAGUCAGAAGCAACAGCCCCGAACCAUUCCGUCCACUAGAAGAAUAGGACUAAAGAAGUCAGUGUUAAGAAGUCAGAAGCAACAGCCCCGAACCAUUCCGUCCACUAGAAGAAUAGGACUAAAGAAGUCAGUGUUAAGAAGUCAGAAGCAACAGCCCCGAACCAUUCCGUCCACUAGAAGAAUAGGACUAAAGAAGUCAGUGUUAAGAAGUCAGAAGCAACAGCCCCGAACCAUUCCGUCCACUAGAAGAAUAGGACUAAAGAAGUCAGUGUUAAGAAGUCAGAAGCAACAGCCCCGAACCAUUCCGUCCACUAGAAGAAUAGGACUAAAGAAGUCAGUGUUAAGAAGUCAGAAGCAACAGCCCCGAACCAUUCCGUCCACUAGAAGAAUAGGACUAAAGAAGUCAGUGUUAAGAAGCUAG